UGUGAACUAACUAACGUCUUGAACAAUGGGACCAACCAUGACCUGAAAUAAUACAGAAGUGAUAAACUGAUUUGCUGAACGAUAGCCCAGGAAUUUUAACAACAGCCUUCACUUCAGCAGGCAGCAGCUCGCUUCUUUCAGUUUCACUCCAGCUCCGCCCAGCGCAUCUGCCACAUCUUCCUCGCGGGAACGCAUCGGGGAUAUGACUGCGUCUACGCCGGGUACCGUACCGUAUAGUGAGUGUUCCUUCGUAUAAAAAAAACCCCGAGGCAUUUUUAGACUGAGACUAAAUAAAUGUACUAUUUGGUGGAAAUCCUAGCCAGACCUGUUAUACGAGCAUCACGUUGCCCUUGGCAACCAACCAAGCUGUGACUCCUGAUAUUGUGCGCCCUGGGUUCUGCGUACAGGCUUGAGCACAAACACUGGAUAAAAUCCACAGUGAUAUCUCCAAUACUGUCAGUGAUCAGUGUACUUUGCGAUGGCAAUACCAACAUGUUUGCUCACCCUGCAUAUCUGAUUCUCCCUGAUGCAAACUAAGAGUAAAUGUCCUUGGCAGGCACACAGAGCCCCAACCACUCAACACUGCAAUGCUAAUUUUGGCCUUCCGCGCCAGGAUCUUAGAUAGCGAAAUCAAACAUUGACUUGGUAAACAUUUUCCUGUCCAAUAGCAAUCAUGGCCCUGUGGAGUCCUCGGCUGGGCCAGAAAGGCAGCUCGUUUGGGAAUAUACCAUCCCCUACACACAACCGGCGGCAGUUCUCGCCACAGAAGGUGUCCAGGUCCUGGCACAGCUCUGGUGUCGACAUGGAGAGCAACGGGAACCUCCUUGAUGGAACAAUCUUGGCUAGUCUGGAGUCUUUAGAAAACAAUAACAUCACAAGUCAUCUCAUUUACCACUAUGCCAGUCAGGUGUUUAAUGGAUUGUCUCCUGGACCCAAAUCAGACAAAAUUUCCUACGAGAAGGAUGUUGAGGAGACAAAAACUAUUCCAGUAAUCAGCGUCAAAGACGCUAGAAUUAAGAGGAAAAUCUAUGAUCUUGCCUUUGAAACUUUGAAAUAUCAAGCUCUAUUAGAAGAUGUACUUAUGGACAGUGGAUUUUACAGUUACGAUGCAUCAGCUGGUGAGAAUCAUGGUAUGAUCAUGGUAAUUCUAUGCGACAUGGUGUACCGCAAGUUUGCAAAGCGAGCGCGACGUCAGCCAGAGACGUGUAUCCCGUACAUUCAGGAGGUGGAAGAGGACAUGUUACGGUACACCACAAAACUAAACGCUGCUCUCGCCAGGAACCGCAUCAAGUACCAGGCAGCGAGCAUAGAGAAUCUACUGCCCGCGACGGUCAGGGAGAGGGAGAAAUGUGGAUCGCAGCUGCCCUGCUAUGCCUGGAUUAAUCAACUUUCGAUAAGCGUUCAAGAUGCAGUUGAAGAACUUCAAGAGGAAGGCUUUAGGUUGGUGAGCUCAAUAGACAGAAUGGUAGAUAGUCAUUCCUUUGUUACCGAUCAUCACUGCUCCAAUGUUCUCAUGUUCCAUGCUUCGGCCAGAGAAGAGAUUCAAGAAUCUGAGCUGGUCAGGUCAUCCAAACUUAUUCUGCAGGAUAAGACAUGCUGCUUAGGCCCCCAUUCAGUGAAAGCCAUGCUGAACGAAGGGGAUGACAUCAUUCAUACAAACGUUGGGAAUGGCUGGACAACUGCUCACCUAGCUACGUUGACCAAUCAGGACAACACUACCAUCUACGCAUUCGGUGUCAAAGACGACGAGCAUCUGGAGAUGUUAGAGUCACGCAUGGGAAGGCUACGAAUUCACAAUAUAAAGUUCAUCCGGGAUGACUUUCUGACUGUGCAGCCGAACGAUACCAAGUAUAAAGGCGUCAAGGUUGUGAUGGUCACACCUAAGGAUUCAAGAUCCGGGAUUAUCAACCCUGUAGAAUACAUCUUACAAGAAGGAGAAGAUCCAAGUAUUUUGAGAGAACUUUCCCAAGAAGGACAAGACACAGAUAGGAUAGAUGAACUAGCACAGGAGCACAUGGACCUCAUGAAACAUGCCUUGAAAUUUUACAGAGUCCAAGCGGUAGUCUACGCCACCACGUCAAUCAUGAAGGAAGAGAACGAGAACGUCGUCGCCAAAUCUGCUGAGUUCACCAACUCAAAGAUGAGUACCAAGAAUAACCCCUACCGGCCCGUGCCCCCCGUCCUGCCCCUCACCCCGCACGACCUUGAGCUGCAGAGCUCUGGCAAGUUUCUCCGGAUGGAACCCUCAAAUAUCAUGGGAGGCUGUUUUGUGGCUAUUCUCAGUAGAGAGGAUGAAGCUAUGAGUGCUGCUGAUGUGCUGGCCAGGGCUGCUGCCAAGGGCCUGUGUGACCUACCAGACUCCAAGGAGGAGAAGAAGAAGCGGAAGGGGAAGGGUCAGGCUGCAAACAAGAAGUCCAGGCAGCCCAAGACUCUGGCACAGAAGGUGGAACUGCCAAAGGAAGCCAAGUCGGGCAAGCAGAAGCCAGUCAGGACAGCGAAAUCUGCGGAUGGUAUCAAGCAGCCUACCAAGAGGAGCCCAAAAGCCAAGCCCAGGACCCGCCACGAUGCCUGGAUGCAUAUCAGUUCACAGCACCACCGCCUCAUGCUCUCGUCACCUCCCUAAAGCCAAACACUCAACCUGAAGCAAUAUCAACAUGCAUGCAUGGGUGCCAUGUUUGCACAUCAUUUCAAUCGCAAGGAAUCAAAGAUGCAGACCAUGGCUAGGUCGCAGUGCAAUGUCCCCCAGGCCCUCGAUAAACAACCCAGGGGCGUACCCCUUACCCAUUCAACCAUCAUCCGGAUCCAGCCGAAGGUGGAAGUCACCCCCAUGCACAAGAAGGUCAUCAACCAUCCGAAACCAUUCCUGUAAAUGACACCUACUCUUGAACCGGGUCCCAGUGCAGUGUACUUUAGGCCCUCGAUAACCAACCCAGGGGCAUACCCCUUACCCAUUCAACCAUCAUCCGGAUCCAGCCGAAGGUGGAAGUCACCCCCAUGCACAAGAAGGUCAUCACCCAUCCAAAACCAUUCCUGUAAAUGACACCUACGCACGAACCGGGUCCCAGUGCAGUGUACUUUAGGCCCUCGAUAACCAACCCAGGGGCAUACCCCUUACCCAUUCAACCAUCAUCAGGAUCCAGCCGAAGGUGGAAGUCACCCUGAUGCACAAGAUGGUCAUCAACCAUCCGAAACCAUUCCUGUAAAUGACACCUACGCUUGAACCAGGUCCCAGUAUGGUGCAUUGUACCUUAGGCCCUUGAUAACCAACCCAGGGGCAUACCCCUUACCCAUUCAACCAUCAUACGCAUCCAGCCCAAGAUUGAAGUCACCCCCAUGUACAAGAAGGUCAUCAACCAUCCAAAACUUAAUUGCACUUGGAUGGUGUUUCAUAUCGCUGGUUGUUAGUUCCGAGCAAUCUUAAGAAAGAUUGGUGAUCAUUUCUUACACCUGUAGAGCAAAAUCAACACCAUUGAAGCAUAUAUAUUUUCACACGAAGGAUCGCCAAUCUUUUGUAAAGUUGUUCGUACAGUUGCUAGUAAUUUACGAACAGCUUUAUUAAACACGGACCCACCAACUAACUUUCCUUGUCUGAUAAGGAGAGUCGUAUGUUUGGUUAAAAAUGUUUGGUUGUACAUUUCAUAUGUAUUUGUGAAAAAAAUCUGUCUUUUCAUACUAAUGAAUAGGAAAUAUAGCAAUGUCCCAUUUUCAAGCCUCUUUCUUGGGUUAUAGGUUCAGCAGGUGAGAGUAUAUAUUCCAAGCAUUCCCAUUGGAUUUAAUCUUUGAGACCAUGUCUUUGGGAACUUCCAUAACAAUGUGGUUUUUUAGGUAAAAAUUUGGUGAAAAUGGCUAUUUGUGUCUACUUUUUCCCCAACUCAGGUCAAUUUUUUUCAAUCAGAGCCAUUAAUCAUGGGUGCAUUAUGACAUCCAAAUUCAAUGUGGAAUGUGUUUGUUGUUGUGUUUAUUUUUUUUUAGAUUUCAGUCUAGCUUUUAAUUGGUGAUUGAUGGUAGAUACUUUUAGGGGCUUUCACAUUUGGGUGCGUGACUCUUUGCGACCAUUGGGAUCCUGUGCAAAAUAGAAUGCAAGCAAAUGGUGAUGUGAACGAUUGUUUGAACAAUUGUUAAAUCCCUGUUCUACAUUAAUGUUCAAUACCCUCAUUGAAAGACAUAAUUUUAACCAGCUGAAUGAUUAGCUGCUUGUCCAAACUUAACAGGUUAAUAUUAACUUUGUAGAAGUUUUAAUAAAUAGAUAAAUAGUUUAAUUCAUAAAAUUCUCAUAUUUGUGUACAGAUGUUCAGGCCGAGUCCACCCCAAAAAGUAAUUGUAAAUAGAGACAAAUUAAACAAGCAUAACACUUAAGAUUCCAUGAAAAUCAGAUUUGAAAUAAAAAUAUUUUUCAAACAUGUUAUUUAAUGUUUUGCUAAUCUUACGAACCAGUAUGAAUGAAUUCUGGUUGGUGUGCUAAUGAGGGAACCCAUUUAUUUUGUAUGUUAUUCUAUGAAACAUGCAAUACAGUAGGCCCUUCAUAAGUUGACUGAAAAUUAGCUGGUAGCCUUCAAGAAGCCAAUGAGUCCUUUCUUGCAAGUGAUGGCAACCUUGUUCAAAAUAGCAGCUGUUCAUGUUGCACAUGGCACAGCCAACAUGGAUGAAAGUGUUGUUACAUACCACAAAUAUAGUGACAGUUGAUAUGUGAUCAUAUGAAAUAUUUUACUAAAAGGUUAUCAGCGGAAUAGUACAAUUAUAUUUUCAUUGUAAUCAAGACAAUAUAGGAUUGUUAUAAUUAAAUUCAUGCAAACUGUGCUGUAGCUAUCACUACUGAACUUGACCUUGAAACAGUCUUUUUAUUCUUGUAUUUCCGUGAGGUCUUUUUGUGUUUUGAAACAAUUUUUCUGUUAUUGAUGAUUAUUGAUUGUUUAAAUAUGAUUCGUUCAUGAUAGAUCCUUAUUAUCACAGGUUCAUGGGUAACUCAUUGUUCAAGUGCAUUUCUAUGUAAUAUCUUCUUGCAACUCAUGUGUGCCUUUCCAUAUAUUUUAUUUUAUAUGUUUGUAAAAUUGCAUUUAUAUAUGUACAGUGUAUUCCACACAUUUUAAAGUGACUCCUUGGUGUGAGUAAAAUAUUGGUACAUGUACAUUUGAGCUUUGGGUUUUUACAAAUUUCAGCAUUUAUGUUUGAUAUACAUGUAUUAUUGGGUUUGAAAUAUUACUGUUUUCAUAUACCAUUGAAUGUAAACUUAUAUACCGUAAUUUAUUUAGAAGUUUUUUAGAUAAUGGAAAUAGGAUUUUUUUUGUUUAGGGGGCGGGGGAAAGGUGGUCAUCUUGGCAUAGAAAUUAACCUGGUCGCUUUUCUAUUACCCAAUAUUACCCAUUUGUAUAUACCCUCCCCCCCAAAAAAAAAGGGGAAAUGUAUUCAAAUUGAAAUUAAUUAUAAAUUAAGAAAUGAAUGAAUAAGUA